AUGAAGAUGGCAGAAAAAGAAGAAUACACCUGGUUCUUAUGAUUCAAAAGAAAGAAGAAUACGAGUGAUAAAGUAAAGAAAGUCAAACCCAAAUUAGCUCAAAUUGUUGAUGAAAGCAGCCAAUCGAGCCAAGAAGAGUUCAGUGGUGAAGAUAGUUGAAAAAUUCAUAUUCAAAAGCCAUGACCAUCGAAAUCAAAGGAGAGCUCAGAAGAACUUCCACAAAGAAAUCGUAAUAGGAAAUAAGCGGAAGAGUUCAAUAAUGCCGAACGAUCGGAGCUUCCUCGGAGAGCUAAUCAAAAGUCCUAAUAGUCCAGUAGCAAACCUUAAAGUUUUCAGAGAGAAAGAGGUUGAUAAUAGUGCACAAGUUAUGUUGAGGAACUUUCUUAAUGACGAAAAUCUCACAUUUGAUAACCCAGUCAGAAAGCGGAAAAAGAAGAGAAGGUUCCUGACAAAAGCUGUUAAUAAUACAAAGGAUGAGGACUCGAAUGAAUUCUUUCCGAACGAUUAUGAGCUAAACCACACUGCUAUAAGCCCAAAUGAUACUAUAAAUAUUCAUCCUUCUAGUACCUCAAUUAUGCAUCCACAGGGAACUCCUGAAGAGUCUCAGAUUCAGUGAAAGUCUUCAAACCUCAUGAUUGAAGAAGAGUUUAUCAGGGACCGGACGAAGAAGGAGAACAGGAAGUAUCGUAAGAAAAACCUAAAGACUCAUAUCAUGACUGAAGUUAAAUAUGCUGAGAGCAAGGAUAAAUUACUUUAAGCAGAGAAUCGAUGAAAUUAAGUAUUUAUUUGUUAUGCCUAAACUUGAGU